AUGUCGGGAAAGCAGCCAACAACUAUACUUACAGAUCAAUAUGCUUUUGCAAAUGAUUUUGGCAAUUGUGUAUAUGAUUAUGAAGAUGAAGAUGAAUGGCUACUUUCAUGGGAUAAUACACUUAAGAAGUAUAAUCUUACGAAUGAUAAAUGGUUGGAUGGGAUAUUUGAUGUAAAAGAGAAAUGGGCUAUGGUAUAUGGUCGACAUAUGUUCACUGCUGAUAUAAAAAGCACCCAACACAGUGAGUCCAUGAACAAUGUGUUGAAGAAGUACUUGAAAGCGAAAUAUAAUCUUUUGCGAUUUUUGGAACAUUACUCUAGACUCUUGGCUGACAAACGACAUCAAGAACUACAAGCAGAGUUCAAAAUGAGUCAAACAACACCUAUUUUAAAAGUUGAUGUUGAGAUGUUGAGACAUGCUGUAAAGGUAUACAUCCUAGAAGUGUUCCAAAUGUUUCAAGAUGAAUACAUGAAGAUGGGCGAUUGUACUAUUUACAAGGCUAGUAAAUCUGAUAAUAUAACAGGUACUAGUCCAUACUCCUCGCCAGUUUUACUUGUAAAGAAACAUGACGGGUCUUGGAGAUUAUGUGUGGAUUAUCAAGCCCUUAAUCGAAUCACCAUCAAGGAUAAGUUUCCCAUUCUGGUGAUUGAUGAACUAUUGGAUGAAUUGUAUGGAGCUCAAUAUUUCUUGGAGCUCGAUCUUCGCUCCGAGUACCACCAAAUUUGGAUGCAAGGCCAAGAUGUAGAGAAAAGGGCAUUACGCACACACCAUGGGCACUAUGAACUUUUGGUGAUGCCAUUUGGGCUCACUAAUGCCCUGUCAACCUUCCAAUCCAUGAUGAAUGACAUUUUUUGCGGUCUCUUGCGUAAGAUGUUGUCUUCUUCGAUGAUAUAUUAA